UUUCGAAAGUCAGUGUUGUGUAAUAAACAUGAAUGUCUGAUGUCAGAAUUAUGUAGCCAAAGCGACUUGGUGAUGGGAACAUCCGUGUCUAGGCCCCCUACUAGUACUAGUACUAGUAGUAGUACUAGUAGUACUAGUAGUACUACAUCCAAACAAAUUCUACCCACAGAAACAGUAUCUGAUAAAGAAUCAAGUCGAACCGAUAUGCCAAUAUUUAAAAAAAAGAAGGCGAAGUCAAAGUUGGAUUCACAGAAGCUGUCGCACAAACUAUACCUGGCACAGGAGAACCCAGAGCCAGUGUUUGACGUUUCUGGAUGUGGUUGCAAUGAAGUGCCCUCAGGAAUAUUUUCCUUGUGCAAAUGCUUUAGAAAAGAGUCCCUGCUGAUGUAUGACAAUGAAAUCUCUUCCCUGAAGGCAGGAGGAAAACUGGAGGACCUAUUUCUAAUACGGGUAUUGGAUAUACAUAACAAUCUCUUAGAGCAGCUGCCAGAUGAAAUUGGUAACAUGAAUGCAUUGCAAGUUUUAAAUCUUCAAAAUAAUCGCCUUAAAUAUCUACCAGAAACAAUAGGGAAAUUACAAGUUUUGCAGACAUUAAAUGUUAAAGGAAACAAGCUUCAGAGCCUUCCUGCAGCAUUGCAUCAACUGCAGAGUCUACGCACAUUGGACAUAUCCAACAAUAUGAUAACACGACUUCACAAGUCUUGCUGUAACCUUCGGUCCCUUGAAGUUGUCAUCCUGGAUGCUGAUAAUAUGGAAUAUCCCAGACCAGAUGUGUGUAAACAAGGAACAGAUGCCAUUGCACAAUUUUUGUGCCUAGAGAGUGGUGUGGAGUAUAUACCACCAUCGCACACUCUCCAUCCUAUCCUGUCUCCAGCUCUGAGUCCUACCUCCUCGACCCAUUCGGCAGAGAAGUGUCUUCAUGAAGUUUCUGCUAUUGAGGAUACCAUAUCGAAGUACGAAAGUCGCAAGGAGCAGAGGGUGCGUGAUACUCUAGCUGCAGAGCAGGCCAUGGCCUUGUCAAGGAUGGAGCAAGCACAAUUGAUCACUCGUUCCAACCACACGAAAGAAAAAAUUAUCAACAUACUUAGUGAGGAGGCUAACAAGUUGCAGGAUGACAUUACAUUAGCACACAAGAAAAAGGACAUGGAGCGCAAGACAUUAGUUUCAUCACUCUAUGAAGUUGAGAAAAAUGCAACCACCCUCAUAAAAAAGUUAUUGGAAAUGAAUGAACAAGCAAGGAAGCAUGAAGCCAUAUUGGAAUCGCUUGAAGAGGAACGGAUGGAAGUGGAAAAGUUAUUCCUUGUAAGACAGGAUGAAGCAGCAACUCUGAGGACAGCAGAGAUAUUGAAGGAAAUCGAGAGGAUGCUUGACAGUAGCAGUACAUUCGAGCAGCUGCGUAAGGUCUACGCAGAGAGUCAGGUGGAUGCAGCCAGGCGUGCACAUCUCAGUUUAAAUAAGGAUGACGAGCACGUUAGCAGACAGCUACAGUCAAAGCAAUUAGACAAGGAUGAAAUGUUGUCACAGCUGCUACAACAGGAGGAGUUCCAGAGAGAAGCUUUUGAGGCACUCCAGAUGCAAAAGGAUGCGAAACACACGCGCCUUUCGAAUGAGAUCGCAUUGGUUAUGAAUGAGUUGGAACAGAUGAGCAUGCUUGAGGUGAAGAACCAAGAAAUGAAGCUAGAUUCUGAAAAGAAAAUUCUGGAGAGCAAUAGGACUGAGUUGACCAGGCUGCUAAAGCAACUGUUGGAUGAGAAAUCAGCGAGAGAGAAGCAGCUUGGCCAGAGACUGGAGGAGAUGGAGCAACGGAGGGUGCAUGACAUCAAGAACUAUUGGCUGAUCCAAUAUCAGAGACUAAUGGAUAGAAAGCCACAGGAGCUGAUAGAUACAGAGACAAGGUUGGAAUAUGCUGUACGAGAAGUUCUGGAUAUGGCAGGAGCAUUGGAAUUCAUUCCGUUCUUUGCCAAUCGCAUCACCAUAGAAACGCUUUACCAAAUGACGGAUGCUGACCUGAGUCGGAUGGGAAUACGACAAGCUGAGGUGAGAACUGCGAUUCUGAGGGCAGCUUCAGACCACAGGAGAGCGCAGGCAAAGUCCCACGAGAAAGCACAGGCUCUGGAUGAUGAUGCUGUAAAGGAACCACCGCACGCAGCCUCGGCUCCACCUGCUUCCUACUUGGACUUAACCGGACCAUCAGAAAAUGCUGCAAGCAAGCUGCCCCCCGGUCAUGUGUUGCCACCUACCGACGACUCUGGAAACAUCAUCGCUCGCAUUCAUGCUGAGUGUGUUGUCUGCAUGGAUCAAGAGUGUAUGGUACUGUUCCUAAUGUGUGGUCAUGUGUGCUGCUGUAAUGACUGCGCCGGCUCAUUGAAGCUCUGCCCGAUGUGUCGCGCAGUAAUCGAACAGCGUAUACAACUCACCCAUGUGUAGGAGUGCCACUGCAAGUUUUACAACUAUACUACUGGCCUUCUAUCCAAAGCCAUCACUGGAUGCCUCUUAUGGAACUACCACUGGACGUUACCUAAAUACGUAUUGAAACAGUUGUCAUCUUAUAUAUUGACAAUGUAGCUUUAACAUAUAUACCUGUUGGUAAUCCCCAAAGUGUUUGGACCUGCAAUACUACUACUAGUAUAAAAAUCGAAGGUUUUUAUUGCAUCCACUAUUGUUAUCCAUUACCAAGUUCAACGUACAUAUUUUAAAAAUGUGUGAUGAUGCCUUUAAUGUUAGAUAUUAGUUUGUCUGUUCUAACUGUCUAAACUAAAUGUGGAAAGUUAUGAAUGGGUGAAAGUCAAGCAAAUCAAGUCACUAUUCAUAAUUAUAAAUAAAUGUUAAUAUUUAUAUGGAAUUUAUUAAUAUUGUUGUUUACCCUGUAUAUGAUUUUGAAUAAUUCUAGAUUAGUAGUUUUGAUCAAAUAAUUUAUCAAUGUGUACAACUGGUUUUGAUAGGUGAAAGCACUGCAGAGAUAUGGGAGCUGAGAUUGUAGGAUCUAAAUAGUUGUAUUGAAAUAUAUCCUAUUUUUAACGUACCUUCACAACAGUUUCGAUCACUGUCAGCGAUCUUUAUCAAGUGACCUACGUCAUCAUAUGUGGCAGUCGAUGACGUAGUAUCCGCGUGACGUCACAGGAUCUUCGGGGCCCCCGUCACAGGUGUUCUGGCUUUGGGCUUCAGGAGGUUGUCGUAUACGUGAGAGUUUGUAGGCCCCUUCGUCUGUUCAUAUUAGAUGGGGACUCUCUAAUUUGAAUCGCCUCUUUGAUCUGACGGUCUGUGAGAACUGCUUAUUUGCUGAGGACUCUGGCGUCCAUCCAAUUCGGAACGUGAUUAUUGUCAACCACAUAUGGUCCGUAAUCGCUGAUUUGUGUACUUCCCCUGUGGUAGAGGAGCGUGAAGCCCUGGUACGAAUGGUGUUGGCGGCAGACGCCUCCACGUCCUUUUCGUGUUCUGACAGGCGGGUGCCGAACUUGCGACCGGUUUCCCCUAUAUAAACACUGGGGCAGUUCGAACAGCUAAUCUCAUAGACACAUCCACAAGUGUCAUCGCGUUCUAUUCUGUCCUUCGGAUGUACUAGAAGAUUUCUGACUGUAAGGUGGGGUAUGAACGAUGCGCCUACCCUGUGCAUACUACGUCAUCGACUGCCACCUAUGAUGACGUAGGUCACUUGAUAAAGAUCGCUGGCAGUGAUCGAAACUGUUGUGAAGGUACGUUAAAAAUAGGAUAUAUUUCAAUAUGAACCAGUUUACAGUUAUCAACUAAAUAUCCGAUGAAUUUAUUUCAAUCUCUAAAUAGAUGUAAAUUUGUUAAACCUGCUCUGCAAAGUUAAAACCAUGGAGAUUGUGCUUAACAAUAAAUUCCCACCGUUUUUCUGUGCAUUUUUAGUACUACAUCUACUGUGCUGUUUUGUAGAUUGUGGUUGCAUGAAAUUUAUGCUAAAUCAACUGUGUACCCUAGUGAGCAUACUUACAAACUUGCAUGACAUUACAGAUGUCUUUGCAGAGUAAACACUAUGGUGAGGAAUAAUGAUAGUUGAUUUCAAGUUCUGACAAGAUAUGAAUGAAAAUCCGAAAUAGGUCUAAAUAUUGCAAGAAUGUAUGAUGUACCUUCUCUAAAAUAAAACGUUUUUGCCAUUAA